AUUUCAGGAAGUCCCUACUCAGACUUGAACAAGUGGAUACCGAUUUACCGCGAGAUAUUUUCCAAAUAUAAAUAGACUGGGUGUUAUUAUUGUACCUUCUUACUAGUUUGACGCAAAUACGAUUAGGUGCAGUUGCUGAUUUUCAGUAAAGGUUCAUAUGUUAAAAUUUUUUGCUGUUUAGUAGCAGUGGUGAAACACAAUUUGAAGCACGAAAGAUGCCAACGGAAUGCAUUACCAACCCUCUGCAGAGGGAAUUGGCCGAUUCGAUUAUAAGGAUGGUUCCUCUAGACGAAAUAAGAAUUCUCCUGGCAUGUGGAGCUAAGGUUAACGAACCUGUUACUCAAGGACUAAUGCCACUGCACUAUGCAGUUUGGCAAAGGUACUACGAGGCAACUCAGCUGUUAUUGACAAGAGGUGGUGAUGUUAAUGCAACAGACGAAUGUGGUUACAGUCCUCUUCAUUUAUCUGCUGAGCAUGGAUACACAGAAGUAGUUCGCCUUCUACUAGCAUCCGGAGCUAAAGUUGAUUACAGACCCAAUACGGAUGAAGACUUUCCUCGGACUACUCAAUGUGACGAACCCCUCAGAUUGGCUAUCCGUAACAAACAUAUGGAUAUCGCCAAAAUGCUGCUCGAACACGGGGCCGACCCGAAUAAAAGGUACUUCUUUGGGGCCGAAAUUAAUCUAGUGACGGAUCUGGAAUUUCUGGAACUGCUGUUGACGUUUGGGGCCCAUCCUGAUAGUAGGGAUAGAUCCGGACUGACUCCAUUGAUGAAGGCUGUUAGGCAACCGCAGGGAAUGGAAGCUGUGCUACUUUUAUUGAAAUAUGGCGCAGAUGUUAAUGCAAUCGCCGACGAGAGACAUGAUUACAGAACGGUUCUGCACUACGCUGUUUUAUCCGGAAAAUACGAAAUAGUGAAUCUGAUGAUAAAACAAGGAGCAAAACUGAAUUACGAUGAAGAAUAUGACAUUGGAAAACCCAGUCCUUUGGAUUUGGCCAUACUCAAAGGAGAUCCGCAAAUAGUUGACCUGCUUAUUCGAUCUGGUGCCAAUGUUAAUUGCAGUUCACCCAUAAUAGGAUCACCUUUACACGUAGCAUGUGCGGAUAAUAUACCCAGUAGAUUUGAUAUAAUCACGAUGCUCCUCAAAGCCGGUGCAGAUCCAAACUUGAAGGUUUAUAGUGACGAAUUCGAUAGAAAUUCUCAAUUAAGGCCUGUGUUGGUGGAAUAUUUAGCCAGCAAUGAGAAUCCCAGCAUAGCUGUAGUUCAUUUGUUACUUCAGUAUGGAGCAAAGGUUGUAAUGAAAACUCAGUUCAGGGAUCCAGACGGCAUGCUCAAUUCUCUACAAAAUGUGAUAUCUGGAAACUGCGACGCCAUUUUCUUUCUCUUGACGGAGGCUUGCGAAUCCUUCGAUCCAUGCAUGAUAAGAAGAAAUAACGUGCUAUCCCCGGAACAAAAAACAACUCUUUUAGAACUUGCUAAGUAUCCCCUGUCGCUGAAAAGGCAGGUUAGAUUAUUUCUGAGGGCGUUAUUACGGACUAAACUGAUGGAAGCUGUUGAAGAUUUUGAUAUGCCAAAGUGUUUGGAAAAAUAUCUGCUGUUCGACUAUAGUUGAAUUGAAAAGCUCAUCGAUUCUUCUGGUGAUAUUUCUGAAAUAACUGGCCACUAUUUUCACAUUUUCUCAGUUGAGUUGUCCUGUCACAAAGUUUGAAUUAAUACCAACAUUUAACCAUACAAUAUAUACUCGUAUACUAACCUA